AUGCUGCUCUCCGCGAGACGCGCGGUGAUCGCGACAUGCACGGUCGCGACAUUCGUGCUUCUCUUCGCAUUUAACAGACUUCGUUUGGCCAAUCCAACGGUAACAAGCGUGUCCCCAUCUGCAGAAGCAUUUGGUGGCCUGGUGCCUCAUUGGACAACGGAGCAAGAGAACCCUCGGUUCGCCUAUGUCCAAUAUGCGACGGACUUGGACUACCUGUGCAACGCGAUGAUAAACUUCGCCCGCCUCGACCGUUUCGCAACUCACUUCAACCAGGUGUUGAUCCACCCAGAGGCCUGGAACGAGCCCGGCUCAAGCCCUGAACAGACCUUCCUCCGCAACAUCCAGAAACACCACCCCCGCGUGCACCUGCACCCCGUCCCCACCCUCUCAACCUCCACCGGCGACCCAACCUGGUCCAAAAGCCUCACCAAGUUCCACGCCUUCGCCCUAACAGCCUACACCCGGGUACUCGUCUUCGACUCGGACGCCCUGGUCCUCAACAACAUGGACCACACCUUCCUCUCGCCGCUCGCCCCCGUCGCCGUCCCACGCGCCUACUGGCUGACCGAUCCCAAAAGCAGCAUCAAAGACCAAAUGCUGGCGUCGCACGUCAUGCUCAUCGAGCCCAACACCGGCACCUUCAACCGCAUCAUGGUCCAGGCGAAAGAGUCCGGCGCAUUCGACAUGGAGGUCCUGAACGCGCUCUUCGCCGACAGCGCGAUGGUCCUCCCGCACCGGCGGUACGCGCUGCUGACCGGUGAGUUCCGGAAGAAGGACCACGGGCUCUAUCUGGCCGAGGAUCCGGAUGUGGAGUGGAAUGCCAUGGCUGAGGUGUCGCGGGCGUAUCUGGUGCAUUUUAGUGAUUGGCCGUUGCCGAAGCCGUGGGUGGCGCAUUCGGAGGAGCAGUGGGAACAGGCGCUGCCGGGGUGUGCCGACGAUGAUGUUUCGACGGCGGAUCGGCCGCGGUGUGCGGAUCGGUUUAUGUGGACGGGGUUUUAUGAGGAUUAUGAUAGGGAUCGGGAGGCGGUUUGUGGGCCGUUGAUGGGGUAG